GCUGCGGCUUCACCGUAAGGAUGUAGCAAUUUGACUGCCUCUAGAGAGGGGAGAGGCGGCCUCCGAGCGCUCCAGAUGCCGGAAAGCUGGGACGCGGGGGCUCGUGCGCUGACCCCACUGCGAUGGUAAAACGGAAGUCCUGCUCCAGCGGAGCCAGAAGCCCCCGCGGAAGCCGGGUCCUUUCCAGAACGGUGGCCCCGAGGCGGCUGCCGUGGCGGCGCCGGGAGCAUCCUCACCUGCAUAUUAAAAUGGCUGUGCCCAAAGAUGCCGUCCCUUCCUUGUCGGAAUGCCAGUGCGGGAUCUGCAUGGAAAUCUUCAUCGAGCCGGUGACGCUGCCUUGUAAUCACACGCUCUGUAAUGCAUGCUUCCAGUCGACUGUGGAGAAGGCCAACCUGUGCUGUCCCUUCUGUCGUCGUCGGGUCUCUUCGUGGACCCGGUAUCAUACUCGAAGAAAUUCUCUCAUCAAUAGGGAACUGUGGGAGAUAAUCCAAAAACACUACCCAAAGGAAUGCAAACUUCGAGUCUCAGGGCAAGAAUUAGAAGAAACCGUUGAUGACUAUCAGCCAGUUCACCUGUUAAGUAAACCUGGAGAAUUGAGAAGAGAAUAUGAAGAGGAGAUAAGCAAGGUGGAGGCAGAGCGACGGGCCAGUGAGGAAGAAGAAAACAAAGCCAGUGAAGAGUACAUACAGAAACUAUUGGCAGAGGAGGAGGAAGAAGAAAAGAGACAGGCAGAAAAAAGGAGAAGAGAGAUGGAAGAACAACUAAAAAGUGAUGAAGAACUGGCAAGAAAGCUAAGCAUUAAUAUUAACAACUUCUGUGAGAAAAAAGUCUUGGCUUCUCCCAUGAAUUCCAGAAAAUCUGAUCCAGUCACAAGCAAGUUGCAAAAGAAAAGUAAAAAUAAACAAACAAAUACUGGAGAUAUUCAGAAGUAUUUGUCACCUAAAUCUCAGUUUGGGUCAGCAUCACAGUCUGAAGUUGUACAAGAAGGCAAAAAAAACUCCAUGUCUAAGGAAACUGAUAGUAGCAAUGUAAAGAGCCCUGUGUGGCAAGACACAGACGUGGAGGAAGAUAUGCCAACACUGUCUCCACAAAUAUCCCUUGAAAUUCAAGAACAAGGUGCAAAGUCUUCAAUAGAGUCACCUAUGCCUCAGUUAUGUGCCAGUGAUACAGAAUGGUGCCUUGAAGGAGAAGUCAAAAUGAGACCAAACAAUCAUGAUAAAGAAUUAAGUGCCAUAAAUCAUGAGAGACCUGAAGCCAGUAUCCCCUACCCUAGAGAAGCUGCAGUUAAGCCUUGUGGCAAAACAGAGAGUGGAUGUGCUCUAUCAUAUAUGACACAGAUAAUUGGAAAUAACACAGUUGAGACAGAAAAUGAAGAGUCUUGCCUACUGAUCAGUGAAGAAGGUAUUUGCAAAAGAAAAAAUCAGGAGUCCUCUUUUGAAGCAGUCAGGGAUCCAUGCUUUUCUGCAAAAAGAAGGAAAAUGUCCUCCGAAUCUUCCUCAGACCAAGAGGAAACAGAAACCAGCUUUACUCAAAAACUGUUAGAUUUGGAACAGCUGCUUUUUGAGAGACAUAAGCAAGAAGAACAGGACAGGUUAUUAGCACUACAGAUUCAAAAAGAGGUGGACAAAGAACAAAUGAAGCCAAACCGACAGAAAGGAUCCCCAGAUGAAUAUCAUUUACGUUCUACGCCCUCACCUCCAGACAAAUUGCUAAAUGGACAAAGGAAGAAAUCCAAAAAUAGGAAUGUAAAAAGACAAGCUGAUAUAGAGCAUUCAAAACCUCAAAGAGGCCCAAAAACUGAAAAUUGCCAACCUUCUUUUAAGAUCCAGUUGAGACAUUCAGUUAAUGUUAAUGGAAGAAAGAUGCCAAAUUCUGCUAGAGAUCAUUGUAAUGUAUCUAAAAGUGUUGAUUCCCUACAGCCUAGUAAGUCACAGAAAAGUAUUUUUCAGAUGUUUCAGAGAUACACAAAGUAAUGUGUGGGUAAAGGAAGAAGUAUUUUAGAAACUGGUAAAGCUGGAUUUGAUGCUCUUUUCUAUCAUGGAAUGUUUAUAAAACUUAUUCUGCUUGUGGGCACACUCAUUGCCUCUAAUUGAAGGACUGUGUGAUUACAAGGGAGGAAUAUACAAAUGUACUUCUGCCAAAGUCAGUGAUAACCCAGAGUCUCAAUUCUUAAUGAAUAACUGAUACGCUAAAUUUGACAAUCCUUAUAGGUAAUAGAUAGAAAAAUGCCUGGGCCAGCUCCCAAGAAACCUUCAGGUGCCAUUCUCUUUCCUCAAAAAUGCCUGCUUUUUGUAUGGCCUUUGCUCACCUUCUUGUUCUGACUAGUGAUCAAAGCAAGAUUAUACUAUACCAAAUAGUUAAGGAAUCGGGUUUAAAAUCUGAGUUUAUUGCUGUUUUGCCAUGUAUUUGUAGAUCACUUGAAAUCUUCCAUAACACUAAAGUAAUCUAAUCUUUAUAAUUAUUUUAAGCAUUAUAGCAUUUUCUUUUAUUUAAAAUGGAUUAAAAGCAUGUGAAAACAGAAAAGUCAGAGUUUUCUGGAAAAUUAAGAUUAUCAAAUGUGCCCUCAAUCAGGAAUUGAAUCCAAGACCCUUCGGGGCCCAGGCUGACUCUAACCACUGAGAACACCGGUCAGGGCGGAAACUCAUCUCUUGAUGCAAAAGGAGUUAGUUGGGGUGAGACUGAAUAGAGUGAACUGAUCAUUUGGAUGCAUUAAAACUGAGUGGGUGAUCAGAAACUGGGUCCGGGAUGGAGUAGCAGAGCAUUCUUCCUUAUUUUUUCUUUGCUAAAUGACACAGAAAACAUUUGGGUUUAUAGCCUGUCACACGAUAGUAACUGGUGUUAAAAUAAUUAGUUACUACAUUACCUGAAAUUUUGGAAAUUCACAUUUCUAUUAAUCUGCUACUCUAGGGGAAAAAAUGGAAAUUUACUGGAGGAAAGUUAAAUUAUAAUAUACUAUGUUGUAGAACCUGAGACAUAAAUAACCAUGUAUUUAUUUCCUUAUUUGCAUUGGUAGUGAUUUUUAUUUGUUUAUGGACAGAAAUAGUGUGGUACUUGGGUUGGCCCUCUCAAAGUUAAAUCAGAGGCUGUGAUUCCAUUUUGUGAAAGUUAACUUAAAGAAUGUUAAUCUAUGUUUCAUUAAUAUGAACAACUUGGAGCAAUGAACAAGUUUUAAUAGCAUUUCUGAUGAUGCUUAGUUAUUCAUCCUUUUAAGGUAAAAAUAUAAUAAAAUGUCUUACAGCAAAA